AUGCGAAACAACCAGGCAGACAACACCCAACGGCAAAAACUCGGCCUGGAGAGAAAGAGGCAGCGGCAGCGACGCGUCUGGGGGCUUACAGUUGUGGUCACAAGACUAGUGGCGCUGCUAAACUGGAGGCAAAAACUAACUGCAAUAGUGUUCAUACAAAUAUUUCGAUAA